AUGUUGAUAAAGACCCAAGGGUACAAUUAUGAAGUCAAAUACCGGCCAGGAGCGGACAUGGUUCUAGCGGACACUCUCAGUCGGCUACCAAACCCUGAGAACGACGGUGACAUUGAGCUGGAUGAGAGGAUAGAUGGAAUCGAAACAGAGUUCGAAGAUGCAGAGAGGCAUACCAUCGCCAUAAUAAACUUUUCACCUGAAAAACAAAACUCUCUGCGAAGCCAAACUGCGAAUGAUACAAAGCUCCAUGUGCUGAAAGAACUCAUUCAACAGGGAUGGCCUGAAAGCAUAAAGGACCUACCUAAAGACCUGCGUCCAUACUGGUCAGAGCCGAAGUUCAGAGAUGAACUCGCAACAGAAUCAGGAGUCAUAUUCAAGGGUAGACAGGUACUUAUUCCAGACUCCAUGACCGCAGACAUUCUCACACAACUGCACGUGGCACAUCAAGGCAUAGAAAAAACGCGUCGACUGGCAAGAGAACGUGUCUAUUGGAUCAAGAUGAACGAUGACAUCGAAAGAGUCUGCAGAUCAUGCAGUGUGUGUGCAGAGCAUCAAGAUGCAAACCCAAAAGAAACUCUUAAACCACACGACCUACCAACCCGACCAUGGCAGUCAAUAGCCUCUGACCUUUUCGAAAUCAGUGGCCGCCACUACCUGUUGACAGUAGACAGAUACUCAAAGUAUCCACUUGUAGACGAAAUGCCCACUCAAGUAACCAGCCAUGCAGUCACACAAAAAAUGCAGUGUUACAUGUCCUUGUUUGGACGACCGGAUGAAAUUCUGACCGAUAAUGGACCACAGUACACAGGACAGGCUUUUCAACUGUUUGUGAAACGGUGGGGGAUACGACACGUCACCAGUUCUCCCCACUACCCCAAAAGCAAUGGGUUCAUCGAAAGACACGUCCGGUACAUCAAAGCCAUUGUCAAGAAAACACAGCAAAACAAAAGUGACCUUUACAUAGCUUUGCUACAAGUAAGAGCGACACCUAUUGACAGCAAGCUGCCUUCACCUGCAGAACUGCUCUUUGGUAGGACUGUCACCACCCUACUGCCAAGCCGAGCAGACCCAGGUAAAGUGGGACACCGUCAGCACCUGGCACACAGAGCAGCUGUGAUGAAGGAACAUCACGACCGCAGCUGCCGCAGAGAACUACCUCCACUCCGUCCUGGACAGCAUGUGACCGUGUGGAAUAAAGAGAGAAGGACAUGGCACCCAGCAGUUGUCCAGCAAAAGUGUAAUGAGCCAAGGAGCUACGUUGUCCAGACACCGAAUGGAAACAUGAUCAGGCGUAGCAGGAGCCAUCUGCGUGGACCCUACAACACGCAGGUGCAACAGACUGUGAAAAGAACCCACCUGGUAGAACCACCAACACUGGAUGAAGACCAGGAGGAUCGCAGUGACCCAACACAGCCUGCACCAUCCUGUGAAACCGAAAGUAAACCACCAGACCCCAACAACCCUCAGACAGUCCGUACACGAUUCGGAAGGGCUGUGGUCAAACCAAUGCACUACAGAGACUAUGUCUAA